AUGGAAUCCCAAGGCCCCGACCUUGUUCCGACAAGAAGUGCAGAGCCGCAUAGAUCCACCCAUACUUCUGUCGACACUUCUACUGAACCGCCCCUUGAGGCUUCUCGGCGUGCUCCGCCCGCCGAGAAUGGGGGUGGUUUGCUUGGUUACAGGGGACUGGUCAAUACUUUCGGAGUAUUCCAGAGCUACUACGAAGACAGGCUGCUUUCUUCUUACUCGUCGUCUUCAAUAUCAUGGAUUGGCACUGUACAAGGCUUCCUCCUCCUUGUGGUGGGGGUUGUGGUCGGUCCUCUGUUUGACAGAGGAUAUGUCAGUUCGCUGAUAGCCAUCGGAACAUUUCUUGUGGUAUUCGGUCUGAUGAUGACUUCGUUGUCAACCGAAUACUAUCAAAUCUUUCUCGCACACGGAGUGGCCGUGGGAAUGGGCUGUGCGUGCGUUUUUCUUCCCAGUGUUGCUGUGGUAGCUACAUACUUCACCACCCAUCGAGCUCUCGCCAUGGGAAUCACUGCAGCUGGGGGAAGUACUGGUGCGACGAUAUAUCCAAUCAUGUUCCACAGGCUCGUAGGUACUCUCGGAUUCCCUUGGACGACUCGUGUGAUUGCCUUUGUCGUCCUGAGUGGACUUGCGUUUUCACUCGCUGUGAUGAGAGUACGCGCAGCGACUAUCAAGCCGAAGAAAUCAAUUUUCGAUUUCGCUGCCCUGAAAGAGCCGGCAUUUUGUGUGUUCUGCCUUGGCCUUUUCUUCACCUUCGUUGGUUUAUAUUUCCCCUUUUUCUACUUGCCCGACUUUUUCGCCUCAUUUUUGCACUCGGAUAACAACAUCGCAUUCUACUCCAUUUCAAUCAUCAACGCUACGUCUGCGUUGGGUCGAAUCUCCCCGGGAUUUCUAGCAGACCGCAUUGGCGCCAUUAAUACAAUGUUGCCAAUAACUGUUAUGGUCUCCGUCUUGGCAUUUGCAUGGAUUGGUAUUCGAAAUGAGCCUGGCACUAUUGUAUUUACCUGUUUGUACGGAUUUGCCUCUGGCGCUGUUAUCUCCCUGCAGCCCACCAUCGUUGCAGCAUUAUCACCUGGUCUGGAUGCUGUAGGGGCUAGGUUGGGAGUGUCAUUCCUUUUCGCGGGGCUCGGACUAUUGAUUGGCAAUCCUAUUGCAGGUACAUUGCUCGAUUUGCAUGAAGCCACCUUCUGGAAAGCACAGAUAUUCAGUGCUAGUACUGUUACAGUGGGAACUGUGUUUUUUGCACAGCUAUUUCUUAUCAAGUGGAAAAGGGCUUCGGACUGA